AUGCCGGCACCAUUUGGCAUACACGUCAAGGAUUUGAAGUUUCAACUCGGUUCGCUACAUGAUCGCAAAGUAUGCCAUUCUACAUGCGACCAGAACGUUUCAAAUAAUGCGAAUCGAGUGUAUCAUUUAAUAAAAAUUCUUCUAACGGAAGAGUGCAGAAAUCAGUUUGCGAAAAGUUAACUGCCAGAUUUUACAAAAACUCUUAAAUGAAGAGAAGAAGCUUAUCUGAAAACAAAAGUUCUUACCAGUAGAAAACUGAGCAAAAUAACAAGCCGCAUCAGCAGCGGAGCCGAGGAAGUUGGACGAUUCAGAAGAAGUCGAACAAGAAGAAGAAUUAGAAGGGCGGAGUGUGACCUUCGUCAAUUGUCGGCGUGCCGGGAUUGCGACAGCUGAGCGACUGAUCCGCCUAGCUCUCGAAGGUCGCGAGCGGAGCGGAUUUUCCGCAGAAGUUUUGGGUGAGGAAGACGUGCGUCGAGUCGUUUACCGUCGACCGGCGGAGGAAACGAAAGGGGAGUCCGGUCCGCCACCUCGCCCAAGUCGCACAGAAACAUCCCUAAUUGUCCUGAAAGCUUCGCUUUUCCUCAUGCGUGAACUCAUCGUUAACUAUUUUCGCCGCCAGGCAAUUACGUCAUCUCUUACUGUUGUGUUGAAGUCCUCGGAGUGGACCGUAUAUAGUUUGAGGGAUGAUCAGCUUUAUCCUCAAAAAAAAAAAAUACUGGAAAAAGCGAUUAAUUAUAACUACUAUGGAUAGAAAAGAGUCAUCUCAAUAAAGUUACAUUUAUAACAGUCUUGACACAGUGUUAAUGGAGUAGCUGUUCAAAAAUCCUUGCCUAGAUUUUUAAAACAGCAGAAGUCGGAAAUUACUCUGAAUAACAGAGUCAAAAAAGAAGAACAUAUAGCUGAUUCUCGGCUGGUUUGAGCCAGAAAAAAGGGUCCUGCCACGAAAAGAGACGAGACAGUGCCUGCACUAAGAAUAACUGCCGAGAUAAACGCGAGACACUGGCGGUACGUUGACGAGCUCGCAAAUAUCUCGCUUUUUUUCUCGCGCCGGUCUCGCAUUUUUCUGGGCGCGAGCUCGCAUUUUUCUAGGCGCGAGCUCGCAUUUCUCUCGCAAUUUGAAAAUUUCCGAAAUGCAAGAUAAAUGCGAGAUGGCGCCGAGAAAAAUGCGAGGUCGCGCCGAGACAAAUGCGAGAUCGCGCCUAGAAAAAAGCGACAUUUUUGCGAGUUCGUCAAUGUACCGCCACCGACCUCGCGUUUAUCUCGUCAGUUAUUCUUAGUGUGGUUGGUGGAGAGUGCAGACAGACCACGCCUUUUUGCGUCUCAACUGAUUGAUCGUAAUUUGCAUGGUUUUGGAUGCAAACACAGAUGCACGCGAUGCAUUACAAACCACGCGCAAAAAUUGUUGUGAAAUUUUUGCACCUUCAAAAAUUCGUGAUUCUAAAUUUUGAAUGAUUUUCUAGUUUCAUCAUACUCCAUUUGUUAGACCUAACCUUCUAGUUUUCCGUUUCCUGUAUCAGAAAACUUCAGUGAUGAUCGAAGUUGACUUGGAAAUAAAAAACAAAUUAAUAAUUCCCAAAAAAUUUUUUGUAAUAAAAUUUGGGAAGUGAACGUCUUCAACUCGGUUUAUUUUUUUUUCCAGCUGGAACGCUGUUAAAAAAUUUGAACGUUUUUUGUCGAAUCCAGAGAAGCUUUUAUGAAAAUUUUGAGAAGUCAUGAGCUCAAAUCAGUAAGGCGAAACUUUGAUUUUUCAAAUCUAUAGCAUCAAGUCGGUUGGUUCAGUCGUGCUGAAAUUGCAAAAAUUUCAUGCGGCAGGUGCAAGCUGGAGCACGCCUCCCAGCGAGCGAAAAAAAGAAAGAAGAGGACAUCCCUGCGCUCACGACUGGGCCUCUUAAUCGUCUCUCGUCUCUCUCAUUUAUAUUAUGAACCCCACACAUGUUUUCUCCAUUUCUGUCUUUUUUUUUUGUUAAAUGCCAAGAUGUUCUUUAGGUUUUUGUCGCCGCGUCGAGACCCUCUAACUCGAGUUAUUCAUUUUCAUUUUCUAGCCGUGUGUUUUCUCGGGUUUUGGUUUCGGCGUUCGCAAUGUUUGAAUAUCCGACUUGAAAGCACACCACAUCGACGCAGUAGCUUUCGGUCGGAACUCGCCAAGCAGUUCGUUUUAUUUUUCUCUUUUGAUCUAUUCUCGCAGGAGAAAAAAAUAAAUAAAAAAACGUGAACGUCGCUCAUUUUUAGUUUUUCAUUUUCUUUUGUUAUUGAGUUGACUUCUCAUCUUGUGUGUCGUAUGGAAGAUCCAGCUAAAUCGAUAAGCCGCCGUCGCAUUCUAUGAAUAAUUUAGAAACCGUAAUUUGUCAUUUUGUUUUGGCUAAAAAUAUUUUCAACUCGGAAAACGGUUGGAAUUUUUUCGUUUUUAAUGAGUUUCUCGUUUUUGGCUUUUUCGAAAUAAUUCAUUCUUGAAAAAAACCAUAUGUAGUUUUAUUUCCAUUUCUACUGAUCUUCGGUUAAUUCCAUUUCAAAGAAAGCUUUUUUUUCCUAUGGACACUCGUCUAAUCCACUAGCUUCGUACCAUUUGAAAAACAAUGGUCUAUUUGUAGCUUCAUUUUUUUCGCGAUUACUCAAAGCUUUUUCGAGUACGAUAGUUGCGUUUUCAUGAUCUCAAGCUAAAUAGAAUAUUCAAGUUCCGUUUACAAUAUAUAUCUUGUAAAUUACGAGUUCGGUUUUUGAGGAUAUUUUUUACUUCGAACCAAUUUUCUUUUUGCGAGUUUAUAUAUCGGUUAAUAAUCUCUUAAAAGUUUUCACUAUAUAUUUGAAGGUUCUUGUGGAUUUUUCUUGAUGUUUUUUACGAAGAUUUUCGCUUUCAGUUUCAUUUUAGAUUUAUCGACUUUUGCGCUUUCAAAAAAGUUUAUAAACUUAAAAAAAUUAUGAAUGUUUUUAUUUUUAUUUUUGCACCGUCCAAUCUGCUUUCAGAUGACCAGAGAAACGAUCGCGAGUACCUCGGAGAGCGAAGAAGAAGACGAAAUCACCAGAAAAUGCGUGAACUCGUUGGAUUCGUUGUUGUUGCUGCUCUCCGACAAGUCGCGUCUGACCGCCGUUGAAAUCGUCGAUGCCGAGGUUUUUUUCUUUUCAUUGAUUUUUUCUGUGGUUUUCAAAGCAUCUUAAUGAUUUAUUUAAAUUUAAUUUUGAACUUAAAAAAACUCUAUUUAAACUCUAAAGCUUGAUAAUUCUUUGAAGAAACUUUUUUGUUAAAAUUCCUCACUAGAUUUUUCUCAGAAAAGUAUUUUUUUUUGGAAAAAGUUGGUAAAUUAUUAUAUUUUUAAACAGAGGUAUAUUGUUUUCUUCGAAAAGCCUCACCUUCCAUUUUUUUUUUCGAAACUAUUUUUGUUUUCAGUCGAAAGUUGUGCGCGCCCUGGUGACGUUGGUGCAGCUGAACGUGAGUUACAAGCGCCAGAAGAAAAUCCUGAGCGAUUGGUUCGCCCUUCUCGGCCUGACGUCGUUGAACACUCGUCAUCUGGAGAUUUGCGGCGUCGUCGACGUCCAGAAGCUUCUCACCCACUCACAGCAAGAAGUAUCGAUCAUUUUCUCGAAAAAAUUUGGAUGUCUUUUGUAAUUCAGCAUGUAAAGGACUAGUUUUUGAGAAAAUUAACAAGUUUAAAAGCAUAUAAAGUUUUGUAGAAAGAUUUUUAUCAGUAGUUUUGACAAGCUUGCAGUUUAAAAUGAAGGAAAGUUAUACAAAAAACUCAAAACCAACAAAAUAGCAAAAUUAUUCACAUAAUAGCGUUUUGUCUAAAUUUUUAGAAUUUCAUCAAAAUUUGCAACAGUAAAUUCAUGUUUUCCGGAAGUCAUCCUACCUAUUUUCAUAGAAAAUAUGUGAUAUUCAAAGUCGUUGUGAACAUUGGAAUUUUUCUUUAGAUAAAUCGUUCGACAUAUAGAAUUUCUUAAAAAAAUCUACGGAUUACUCUAGAAAACGUCAAUUGUCUGGAAGAUUACUAUGAUUCUAUUGUUCCCGAUUACGUCUUUCUUUUGAUUAUUUUUUUCAAAAUAAGAAAUUCUAGUUCCUUCAGGACUUUUUUUCUGAUUCAAAGAUCUUAUAUUGUGAAAAAGUAAGAAAGAUUUUUUUGGAACUGAACUUUUUUGUUUUCAAAACUGUUCUGUAAUAAAAAAAUAUUUUUGGGCAGGUUAUACGGAAUUUUCUCACGAAUUUUUAAAACAUUAGAUUUUUUUCAAUCCCAAGGUUUUUUUCUAGGUUGCAGCUUAUCAGUAUCCUUUUUUUCAUUGUUCGAUUUAAAAUUUUUCUGACCGAAUAAUAUUAAUGAACGACUAAAUAACUUCUUCUCUGGAAAAUAACAAAGAAUAUUACAUAUUUUUCCAAACAAAUAAUUUCAGUUGCGUUCUCUGGCCGACCGCGGCCGGUUUUCGCCUGAAGCCAAACGGCGGCUGCUCAAAUCUUCGGCGUUAUUAGCCAAGCAAUAUCAGUCCGUUCAAGGUGAUUACUGUUUCAACCUUCAGCAUAAUAUCCUGAAAUUCAAUAGUUUGUUGUUAUUUCAUUCGUUUGUGCGUGUGAAUACUUGAAGUAGGUAUAAUUUCAUUGAGCAUUUUUUUCAAUGUUUACUUCUGAAUUUAUUUUUUUAUUUCCACCUAAGGGAAAUUUUAGCGAAAAAGUAUUGAGAAGUCAAAAAAAUUUAAAAAAAUCAUUUCCUUCAUUUAUUUUUUUCUCUCAUAAAUUUUAUAAUUAUUUCAGGCGGAAGGCAAGAUACACUGAAAAGCAAGGAUUUGUCUUGGUCUUUCGGAUCGCCUUCAAUUUCCAGUUAA